GGAGGGAGGUGAAGGCGGAGGGGGACGCUCGGCGCGGUGCUGCGGCUCAGCUGAUAAUUGAAGGGACCGGAGGAUCCGCCGCCGCCGCCACCGCCGCUGGGGGGGGGUGGGGGGUGGGGGAAGAGAGUGGAAGUUACUGCCGCGCCACGGAGUCCGGAGCGGAGACUGGGGGGCCGAACUAGUGUCAACUGAGGAAGGCUGGACAGAAAGCAGUCCCAGAAGGUGCCAAACUCACGGGUGUUGCUACUACUACCUGUCAGGGAGCAACUUAACAGUUCUGUUUUGACCAACGUUGCAGAAGUCCAACUAACAGUGAAUGGUAGUGUCUAGAAAGGGUAUGUCCCUUCAGGAGAGAGGUGCCAAUGUCCAACCGGCCUAAUAACAAUCCAGGGGGGUCACUGCGACGUUCACAGAGGAACACUGCCGGGGCCCAACCACAAGACGACUCAAUAGGAGGAAGGUCACAUUUAGGGCAGGCAAAACAUAAGGCAUAUAGCCCUCCUGAGAGUAGAAAAUCUAUUUCUAAGGCACCCAAAGUGCAGUCUAAUACUACUUCUGAACAGUCAAGGGGACACAUUUCUAAAAGAAGCUGCAGUUCAUCAUCUGCUGUCAUAGUUCCACAACCAGAAGAUCCAGACAGAGCCAAUACUUCAGAAAAGCAAAAAACGGGGCAGGUGCCUAAGAAAGACAGUUCUCGAGGAGUGAAACGCAGUGCCAGUCCAGAUUACAACAGGACAAAUUCUCCGAGCUCUGCUAAGAAACCCAAAGCCCUUCAACAUACUGAACCUCCCUCAGAAACCAACAGACCCCAUUCUAAAUCAAAGAAGAGGCAUUUAGACCAAGAGCAGCAGCUGAAAUCUGCACCAUUGCCAUCAACAAGCAAGGCACACACCAGAAAGGGUGGAGCUACCGGCAGUUCGCGAAGUCAGAAAAGGAAAAGGACAGAAAGUUCUUCUUGUAUAAAGAGUGGUUCAGUGUCUGAAUCAACUGGUGCUGAAGAGCGAUCAGCAAAACCCACCAAGCUGGCUUCAAAAUCGGCCACCUCAGCCAAAGCUGGGUGUAGCACCAUCACUGAUUCCUCUUCUUCUGCCUCAACAUCCUCCUCAUCUUCUGCAGUCGCCUCUGCGUCCUCCACUGUACCACAGGGGGCCAGAGUGAAACAAGGAAAAGACCAAAACAAGGCCAGGCGUUCCCGGUCAGCAUCUAGUCCCAGUCCCCGAAGAAGUAGCCGAGAAAAGGAGCAAAGUAAAACAGGUGGCUCUUCUAAGUUUGAUUGGGCUGCUCGUUUUAGCCCUAAAGUUAGCCUGCCUAAAACAAAACUGUCUCUACCAGGGUCUUCUAAAUCAGAGACAUCAAAACCUGGACCUUCAGGAUUACAGGCUAAAUUGGCAAGUUUAAGAAAAUCUACCAAGAAGCGCAGUGAGUCACCACCUGCUGAGCUCCCCAGUUUGCGGCGGAGCACACGCCAAAAGACCACGGGCUCCUGUGCUAGUACCAGGACAUGCCCAUGUCUUCUAAAAGCUAAACAUUCCUUCCCUUGGCUACCACAGGAUGUAUAUGGCGGCGUUUGUCCCCCUAGUCGGCGAGGCUCUGGCCUGGGCAAAAGAGGAGCGGCUGAAGCUCGCCGACAGGAGAAGAUGGCAGAUCCUGACAGCAACCAGGAUGGAGUUAACUCAUCAGCUGCGCGCACAGAUGAACCUCCUCAAGGAGCCGCAGCUUCUAGUUCUGUUGCUGGGGCUGUAGGCAUGACCACCUCUGGUGAGAGUGAGUCAGAUGAUUCAGAGAUGGGAAGACUGCAAGCUCUGUUAGAGGCUAGGGGUCUUCCUCCUCACCUGUUCGGCCCUCUUGGUCCUCGGAUGUCACAACUUUUCCACAGGACAAUUGGAAGUGGAGCUAGUUCUAAGGCCCAACAGCUUCUACAAGGACUACAAGCUACUGAUGAAAGCCAGCAGCUACAGGCAGUGAUCGAGAUGUGUCAAUUAUUGGUCAUGGGGAAUGAGGAGACAUUGGGAGGGUUUCCAGUGAAAAGUGUCGUUCCAGCUUUGAUAACAUUGCUGCAGAUGGAGCAUAAUUUCGAUAUUAUGAACCAUGCCUGUCGAGCCUUAACAUACAUGAUGGAAGCACUUCCCAGAUCAUCUGCUGUGGUGGUGGAUGCCAUUCCUGUUUUUUUGGAAAAGCUGCAAGUGAUUCAAUGUAUUGAUGUGGCAGAACAGGCCUUAACUGCGCUGGAGAUGCUGUCGCGUAGACAUAGCAAAGCCAUUCUGCAAGCGGGAGGUUUGGCAGACUGCCUGCUGUACCUAGAGUUCUUCAGCAUAAAUGCCCAGAGAAAUGCUCUAGCAAUAGCAGCGAAUUGCUGCCAGAGCAUCACACCAGACGAAUUUCACUUUGUGGCAGAUUCCCUCCCCUUGCUUACCCAAAGGCUCACCCACCAGGACAAGAAAUCAGUAGAAAGCACUUGUCUUUGUUUUGCACGACUAGUGGACAACUUCCAACAUGAGGAGAAUUUGCUUCAGCAGGUUGCUUCUAAGGAUUUGCUUACCAAUAUUCAGCAACUGUUGGUAGUUACUCCACCAAUUUUGAGCUCUGGGAUGUUUAUUAUGGUGGUUCGUAUGUUUUCCUUGAUGUGUUCUAACUGUCCAACUCUAGCAGUUCAACUUAUGAAACAAAAUAUUGCAGAAACACUUCACUUCCUUCUUUGUGGGGCCUCCAAUGGCAGUUGCCAGGAACAGAUUGAUCUUGUCCCAAGAAGUCCUCAAGAACUUUAUGAGCUGACAUCUCUUAUUUGUGAAUUGAUGCCAUGUUUACCAAAAGAAGGAAUUUUUGCAGUUGAUACCAUGCUAAAGAAAGGAAAUGCCCAAAACACUGAUGGUGCAAUUUGGCAGUGGCGAGAUGACAGAGGCCUUUGGCAUCCCUACAACAGGAUUGAUAGCCGGAUCAUUGAGGCAGCUCAUCAGGUCGGUGAGGAUGAGAUAAGCCUGUCUACCUUAGGGCGAGUUUAUACUAUUGAUUUUAAUUCUAUGCAGCAAAUCAAUGAGGACACAGGAACAGCACGUGCUAUUCAGAGAAAACCUAACCCAUUAGCCAAUACUAAUACUAGUGGAUAUUCAGAUUUGAAGAAGGAUGAUGCUCGAGCACAGCUAAUGAAAGAGGACCCAGAACUAGCAAAGUCUUUCAUUAAGACAUUGUUUGGUGUUCUUUAUGAAGUGUAUAGUUCUUCAGCAGGACCUGCAGUCAGACAUAAGUGCCUUAGAGCAAUUCUUAGGAUAAUUUAUUUUGCGGAUGCCGAACUUCUGAAGGAUGUAUUGAAAAAUCAUGCUGUUUCAAGUCACAUUGCUUCCAUGCUGUCAAGUCAAGACCUGAAGAUAGUGGUUGGAGCUCUUCAAAUGGCUGAAAUCUUAAUGCAGAAAUUGCCUGAUAUAUUUAGUGUUUACUUCAGAAGAGAAGGUGUAAUGCAUCAAGUAAAAAAUUUAGCCGAGUCUGAGGCUUUGCUAACAAGUCCACCAAAGGCGUGCACUAAUGGAUCAGGGACUUUGGGGUCCAGCACCACAAUCAGCACUGGGACAGCCACUGCUGCCAGCAAUGCAACUGCAGACUUGGGCUCACCCAGCUUACAGCACAGCAGAGAUGAUUCUUUAGAUCUGAGUCCACAGGGUCGACUUAGUGAUGUCCUGAAGAGAAAACGACUGCCUAAACGUGGGCCAAGAAGGCCAAAGUACUCUCCCCCAAGGGAUGAUGACAAAGUAGACAAUCAAGCUAAAAGCCCUACCACUACACAGUCUCCUAAAUCUUCUUUCCUGGCAAGCUUGAAUCCCAAAACGUGGGGUAGAUUAAGCGCACAGUCCAAUAGCAACAACAUUGAACCAGCCCGUACAGCCGGAGUCAGUGGUCUUGCCAGGGCUGCCUCAAAGGACACCAUAUCUAACAAUAGAGAAAAAAUUAAGGGUUGGAUUAAGGAACAAGCUCAUAAAUUUGUGGAACGGUAUUUCAGCUCUGAGAAUAUGGAUGGAAGCAAUCCUGCACUAAAUGUCCUUCAGAGACUUUGCACUGCAACUGAACAACUCAACCUCCAGGUGGAUGGUGGAGCUGAGUGCCUUGUAGAAAUCCGGAGCAUAGUCUCAGAGUCUGAUGUCUCCUCAUUUGAAAUUCAGCAUAGUGGGUUUGUGAAACAGUUGCUGCUUUACUUGACAUCCAAGAGUGAAAAAGACGCUGUGAGCAGAGAUAUCAGAAUUAAACGAUUCCUUCACGUCUUUUUUGCUUCUCCACUUCCUGGAGAAGAACCAAUUGGAAGAUUGGAACCCAUGGGAAAUGCACCUUUGUUGGCAUUAGUUCACAAGAUGAACAACUGCCUUAGUCAGAUGGAGCAGUUUCCAGUCAAAGUUCAUGAUUUCCCAAGUGGAAAUGGAACUGGGAGCAGAGGAUCGCAAGCUUUAAAAUUUUUCAACACACACCAGUUAAAAUGCCAACUACAAAGACAUCCUGACUGUGCAAAUGUGAAACAAUGGAAGGGUGGACCUGUGAAGAUAGAUCCCCUGGCGUUGGUACAAGCCAUUGAGAGAUAUCUUGUAGUCAGAGGCUAUGGCAGAGUAAGAGAAGAUGAUGAAGACAGUGACGAUGAUGGUUCAGAUGAAGAAAUAGAUGAGUCUUUGGCUGCUCAGUUCUUAAAUUCGGGAAAUGUAAGGCACAGACUACAAUUCUACAUUGGAGAUCAUUUACUGCCCUAUAAUAUGACUGUGUAUCAGGCAGUUAGACAAUUCAGUAUACAGGCUGAAGAGGAGAGGGAAUCUACAGAUGAUGAAAGUAAUCCAUUAGGAAGAGCUGGCAUUUGGACAAAGACUCACACAAUAUGGUAUAAACCUGUAAGAGAAGAUGAAGAUGGUAGUAAAGACUCUGUUGGUGGUAAAAGGGGAAGGGCCCAAACGGCUCCAACAAAAACUUCCCCUAGAAAUGCAAAAAAGCAUGAUGAAUUGUGGCAUGAUGGAGUGUGCCCAUCAGUAUCAAAUCCUUUAGAAGUUUACCUCAUAUCUUCCCCACCUGAAAAUAUAACUUUUGAAGACCCUUCAUUAGACGUGAUCCUUCUAUUAAGAGUUUUACAUGCCAUCAGUCGUUAUUGGUAUUAUUUAUAUGAUAAUGCAAUGUGCAAGGAAAUAAUUCCAACUGGUGAAUUUAAUAACAGUAAACUGACAGCAAAAGCAAACAGGCAGCUUCAGGAUCCUUUGGUAAUCAUGACAGGAAAUAUCCCAACAUGGCUCACUGAGCUUGGAAAAACCUGCCCAUUUUUCUUUCCAUUUGAUACUCGGCAAAUGCUUUUUUAUGUUACUGCAUUUGAUCGAGACCGGGCCAUGCAGAGGUUACUGGAUACCAACCCAGAAAUCAAUCAGUCAGACUCUCAGGACAGCAGAGUUGCCCCCCGACUUGACAGAAAAAAGCGAACUGUGAAUAGAGAAGAGCUUUUGAAACAGGCAGAGUCUGUGAUGCAGGACCUUGGCAGUUCAAGGGCCAUGUUGGAAAUUCAGUAUGAGAAUGAAGUUGGUACAGGUCUUGGGCCUACACUGGAAUUUUAUGCACUUGUAUCUCAGGAACUACAGAGAGCUGACUUGGGCCUCUGGAGAGGCGAAGAAGUAACUCUUACUAAUCCAAAAGGAAGCCAAGAAGGGACCAAGUAUAUUCAAAACCUCCAAGGCCUGUUUGCACUUCCCUUUGGCAGAACUGCCAAACCAGCACAUAUUGCUAAGGUUAAGAUGAAGUUUCGCUUUUUAGGAAAAUUAAUGGCCAAGGCUAUCAUGGAUUUCAGAUUGGUGGACCUUCCCCUUGGCUUGCCUUUUUAUAAAUGGAUGCUUCGACAAGAAACUUCACUUACAUCACAUGAUUUGUUUGAUAUUGACCCAGUUGUAGCAAGAUCAGUUUAUCACCUAGAAGAUAUUGUCAGACAGAAGAAAAGACUUGAACAAGAUAAAUCACAGACCAAAGAGAGUCUACAGUAUGCAUUGGAGACCUUGAAUAUGAAUGGCUGCUCAGUGGAAGACCUAGGAUUGGAUUUCACACUACCAGGGUUUCCCAACAUAGAACUGAAGAAAGGGGGAAAGGAUAUACCUGUCACUAUCCACAACUUAGAAGAGUAUCUACGACUGGUUAUAUUCUGGGCACUAAAUGAAGGUGUUGCCAGGCAGUUUGAUUCAUUCAGAGAUGGAUUUGAAUCAGUCUUCCCACUCAGCCAUCUUCAGUACUUCUAUCCUGAGGAACUGGAUCAGCUUCUGUGUGGCAGUAAAGCAGACACUUGGGAUGCAAAGACACUGAUGGAAUGCUGCAGGCCCGAUCAUGGCUAUACACAUGACAGUCGAGCUGUGAAGUACCUGUUUGAGAUUCUCAGUGGUUUUGAUAAUGAGCAGCAGAGAUUAUUUCUUCAGUUUGUGACUGGUAGCCCAAGAUUGCCUGUAGGAGGCUUCCGAAGUUUGAAUCCUCCUUUGACAAUUGUCCGCAAGACCUUUGAGUCAACAGAAAAUCCAGAUGACUUCUUGCCCUCAGUAAUGACUUGUGUGAACUAUCUCAAGUUGCCAGACUAUUCAAGUAUUGAGAUAAUGCGUGAAAAACUGUUGAUAGCUGCCAGAGAGGGGCAGCAGUCAUUCCAUCUUUCCUGAUCACAAUGAAAAAUGCAAUGUCUGCCUGUUACAGCAAAAGAGAAAAAAAUCAUGAUUUCUUUUCUAAAUGUAUCACCUGAGUCAAGGAAACGUGUUACUCCUUCUUGUAGAAAAACGGCUUGCAGAUUAUAAAAGAGACACUUGGUUGAUAUUUCUUAACGGCCCCAUGGACUUAAAAGUGAUCAGGCCCUAAAAAAAAGUUGUUGUGACAAGGUUUCUUUAGCAAGUUCUUGUUUAAAUUAUCAUUUAUUUGAUGAGUGAAGUUUUUAAACUUGCUUUGCUGUGUGAAAUUUAAAAAGGGAUGUUUUUCCAGGCUGGAACAAUAAAUGUCGCUGUGCAGUUUAAUACUGGGCUGUGUGUAUCCAUCUAGCUAAGUCUGCAGUUUUAUUUCCUCCAAAGACAACUUUUGUACAUAAGUACAGAAAUGAAAACACAUGUAUUUGACAUAGAGUUUAGUAGACUAGCUCUCUGUACCUUCACUUGCCUCUGAUUUUUCUCCCUUCCUCCGUGUAUUGUCUGAUGUGCAAUUCACAUGGUUAUUUUUUGUGUACAACACUCACAACAAUUGUUACAUUUUCGUUGGCAUGGGCGUUUACCGUUCCAUGUUUUCUCUCAAAUUAAGAUAUAAUUUAAAUUUUACUGAAUUAAAAUAUAUUGUCGAUAUAACUCAGCCUUUGUAACUAGGUAGAUUCUUUCAUAUAGCUUAGUUUUAAUGUAGUUUUAGGCUAUAUUGGCUACAGCCUUUACCAGAUGACACACUAGGACUGUUUACACAGUUAUUUCAGGCAACAAAAAGCCUCCAAAGUGGAGGCAAGGAAGAAAUCAUUAUUUUUUUGUGUGUGUGUAGUUGAAAAAUUCAACAGAUUGGGCUGGCCAGUAUUUAUUAUUAUAUGGCCAGAGCAUUUUGAAUUGAUGUAAAGUUUUAAAAGGAAAUUAGCAGUUUUCAUUCCCUGUUCUAGGAAAACUUUUUUCCCCUUGUUCUUAAGUUCUUGCUUUUCUUUCAUAGUUUUGCUUUCAUUCCUUUCUCUUCACCCUUCCUUCCUUCCCUCCCCUCUUCCCCAGUGCUAGCUUGGAACAAACAGUUCAGCCUUUGUCUUGACACAGAUAAAGCACCUGUAAGCAAUGCUCUGUCCAACUGUUUUAUGUGCUGAUUUCUCAAAUCUGCAAUAAUUUACUUCAUCAGGUUAAUGUUUUUACCUGAAUAUAAAUAAAUAAAGUUUGCUUCA